GCAUCAUCCGAUUUUCAAUCCAAAUUAUUUGGAAUGGUUCCUUAUGUUGAUCCAAAAACCUUUAACAGGCGAAAAAAUAAUAAUAACCAAACAACGCAAAUAUAUUCGUUAAAUGAAAAAAGUGACGUUUACAGUGUUGGCAUAUUAUUGUGGGAAAUAUCUAGUGGUCAACCUUCUUUUUAUGGUGAAAAUUACGAUGUUGGUUUAAUUUUAGAAAUUUCGCAAGGUCAUAGAAAAACAGUUGUUCCUGAUACACCUGAAGAAUAUGUAAAAAUUUAUACAAAAUGUUGGGAUGGUGAGCCAGAUAAUCCGUCCAACAAUAUAUCAAGUAGUUGA